AUGAUUUGCCUCUUGACUCUUUUAGUUGUCUUCAAUCUUUUAGUGUCUCAGUGCCAUGGCGGCUGUGCGGAGGUGGACUCCAUGACUGAAGCCGUGGUGGGAGAAGGUUUCCUGCUGGGCUGCAUCUCCUGCAAGAAAAGAGAGGAGGUGCCUGCCCGAUCCACCGUGGACUGGCACUUCAAACCGCUGGGAGAGGAGGAGUUCAGGCAUAUUUUCCAUUACGACCACCCAACUGCCGAAAUCCUCCAUGAAGACUUCAGCGACCGCCUGGAGUGGCACGGGACAAAAGACAGCGACAUUCAGAUAGGAGCCAUUUACAAUCAUAACGUCACCUUCAAUGACACGGGGACGUACCGCUGCUCAAUCCAACGCACCCUCUUCCUGCCGAUCUACAAUCAGCACGUCACUGUGGAGAAGGAGGUGGAGCUCGACGUGGUGGCCGUAGCCAAUCGGGAGAUGACAGUGGUGAUCUCAGAGAUUAUGAUGUACGUGCUGAUCGUGGUUCUGCAGCUGUGGCUCAUUGCGGUUCUGGUCUACUGUUACAAGAAGAUUUCUGAGGAGCACGAGGCUCGGGAUGCCCGUAAAGCUCUCAAGACUCAGAGAGAGCUGUUAGAAUCAAAAGACAUCUGUGACGGGGUGCAGCUGGAGUGA